UUAUUCUAAUUUUGGAAAACUGCAUAUUUCAAAACAGACGAAAAAGUAAACUCGAAGCAAAAUCAAGGAACGCAGCAAACCCUAGUCAGUCGAAGAUGGCAUCUCUCGAUUCCGACGUGAAUAUGGUUCCCGCCGGCGAGGGAUCGUCCGCCGCGGGUCCUUCCACCGGUAAUCCGUCCUCCUCCUCCUCCAAGAAAGCGAAGCGAUUCGAGAUCAAGAAAUGGAACGCCGUCGCUCUGUGGGCUUGGGAUAUCGUGGUCGAUAAUUGUGCGAUUUGCAGGAAUCAUAUUAUGGAUCUCUGCAUCGAGUGUCAGGCGAAUCAAGCUAGUGCUACGAGUGAAGAAUGCACAGUUGCUUGGGGUGUUUGCAACCAUGCUUUCCAUUUUCACUGCAUCAGCAGAUGGCUGAAAACCCGUCAAGUCUGCCCUCUUGAUAACAGCGAGUGGGAGUUUCAGAAGUAUGGCCACUAGACGGUACUGCAUGUGCUACCUGGUCUCCAAAAGAGUCAUUGUUGUCUUGGAUUGUAAGUUCUACAGCAUCUGGAAGUUCGGGAAAUAUGGUAACUAGUUACAGUUUCGAUGGCUGCACUAUAUUUCUUGCGAGCAUAACGUUGCGUGUACAUUUCAGUAUCUGAAUCUUAUGUUCUUGGUUGGACCACCCCCCUUAUUAUGCUUAUUGUAUUUGCUGGAUAUUUUACUACAUUUCUGAAAUUUCGCUAGUGAUUUUAAUCGACAUUGCCUAUC